AUGCACGGUGGUACACAAUCACAAAGACUUACUACCGUCAACAAAAAACGCAUGAGAUCAACUCCACAGUGUCCCAGUGAAACUUCGAAUUCGAUGCGAGCGAAGCCGACAAUCAUACAUGAUGAUCAAGCACCAGAGGAAGAAGAAGAUUUCAUGUCGGACAAGUUUCUCAAGCAAAUCACAGUCGAAUCAUCAUCAGAAACUAAGACCUAUUCCGAAAAACGCAAACGCAGACUGUUAGAAGCCUCCACAACAAACCAGAAACGAUCCAGAUCCCAGCGAGAGAUUGAGGCCCGAGAAGAAGGUUUGAGUCGAAAUCUGAUCCAAUCAAAUGUCGCACGGGAAGAAAACGUCCAGCCAGAGUCGCAUAGCAAGGCCUUUCAAAUGAUGUUGAAGAUGGGCUUCCAGCCAGGGACCUCGCUAGGCUUAUCAGCGUCUAAUUCGUCAUCAAAGGAACCCAUCAACAUUGUCCCUAAAUCAGGUCGGGCUGGUAUUGGAAUAUCGACCAAGCCGGUGUCCGCUGCGAAGUUCCCACGUCUACUCUUUGGAACCGAAGGGAAACUGAAACUUACGGAAGAAGAAUCAGCCCAACGAGAGGCCUUCUUGGCUACGUCUCGUUCCCGUUUCGAUGGCCGAAAAGUGGAAGCUAUUCUGGGUCGCGCCUGUAGGACCUGCGAGGAACUCGAUCGCCGUCGUAGAUUGGAUUCUAACAUCUUCUGGAUCCAUACAUCUCAAGAUGAAAGAGGUCCACGUCUUAAUACACUGGACAAGUUGAUAUCAGAUGAUUGCCAAAACGACCCCGAUAACCUAGCCGAGGAUGCAGAUGACGAAGAAAAACAGAACUGGUUGGCUCUAGAACCAUCAACCAGACUAUCCUGUACACUCGAAUAUUUACGGGAAGAAUAUUUUUACUGCAUCUGGUGUGGCUGCCAAUACGAAUCAUUAGAAGAACUGAACAACGAAUGUCCUGGGGAGGAGGAGGAUGAUCAUUAG